AUGAAACAUCAUCGUAAUAUUUGCUCAAUAGAUGGAUGUAUGUCAAGAAUACAACGAAAUUCUUUUUGUACAAAUAGACAUUUACAAUUAUAUGAUAAAACAAUAAAUAACAAUAAAAUAAAUAAUAGUAAAAUUUGUCAAAAUUUACGAAAUAAAAAAUAUUCUAUUGUAAGAAAACAAUCUCAAAAUAAUCGAUGCUUUACAUCCUGUGUAAAAAAAUUAUCCAACAAUACUAAUGUCAAUCAAAUUUUCUCAACAUUUCAACAUAAUUUACAACAAAACUUGAAUAAUGAAACAUUUCCUCAAACUACACAAUUAAAUAUUGAAAUUGAUGAUGAUACAAAAUCGGAAAGUUCAAUUGAAUAUGAUUAUACUAAUCCAUUAUCAGUAUCUCUUUCAACAAAUCAUAUUCAUGUAUCAAUCGCAACUAUUUAUUUACAAGAUGAACAAUGGCAUCAACUUGAAUUAUUUAUUAAACAUUUUUCUUUAUAUGUUUCACUUUCAAAUAAUUUAAAUGUUACAUCAUCAACAACACAUUUACUUGUUGAUGAUUCUUCUCAUCCAUUUCAAUGUAAUUUUUCAAAAAAAAUUUUUCAAGCUGUUGCUCGACAUAUAUUUAUUGUUUCUAUACGAUGGAUUGAAGAAUGUUUAUUACAAAAUGAAAUUAUUGAUGAAACUCCAUAUAAAAUUCAUGGUGAUGAAACAAUGAAAACAAUGCAUUUAACUUGUUAUACUUCAAUUAAUACAUUGUUUUCAUCAUCUAUAUUAUUUGCAAUUGAUUGUACUUCAUUUCAACGAGUAUUAACACGAAAUGAUUUAAUUGAAUUAGUUAUAUUAAGUAAUGCUAAAUUAUUCGAUUCAGAACAACAAAAAUCAAUAGAAAUUCAAUCAAAACUUCUUCUUGUACUUGUUGAUCCUAGAGUUGAUCGUUAUCAAUUAGAAAUAAAAUAUAAACAAUGGUAUAAAAAUGUAAAAUUUCUAACACCUGGAUUUUUACUUAAAUCUAUUAUUUAUCAAAAACAACAACCUUUUGAAGAUUUUGAACUUUAG